AUGCCGGCUAAGACGCCCGUCAGCUACCCCUCUGAGAUGGAGGGCAUUGAUUCUCACGAUGCCAUGACUGAGUCUGGCUAUGUCAGUGCUGGCUCUGGCUCCAGCGAGGACUACGUCCCGGAGAUUGUCUUCACCAAGCCUCACCUUCAGUUCCUCAACCGCCAGUUGCAAUUCCUUGAGCCUCAAGAGAUCCUGAGAUGGUGCAUUACUUCUCUGCCCCACCUUUUCCAGACCACUGCUUUCGGUCUGACUGGUCUUGUCACCCUGGAUAUGCUAUCCAAGCUGGAGGUGCCUCGCCCCCAGAUGGUUGACCUCAUCUUCCUUGAUACUCUGCACCACUUCGACGAGACCCUGUCUCUGGUCGACCGUGUCCGCAGACGCUACCCCAACAACAACAUUCACGUGUACAAGCCUGCCGGCGCUGAAACCGCCGAGGAAUUCAAGGCAAAGUACGGUGACCGCCUCUGGGAAACCGAUGAUGCUCUCUACGACUGGGUUGCCAAGGUUGAGCCCGCCCAGCGUGCCUACCGCGAGAUGAACGUUCACGCCGUCCUCACUGGCCGUCGCCGCAGCCAGGGUGGCAAGCGUGGUGACCUCGACAUCAUCGAAGUUGACGAGGCCGGCCUUAUCAAGAUCAACCCCAUGGCCAACUGGUCCUUCGAUCAAGUUAAGCAAUACGUCAAGGAGCACGACGUCCCAUACAACGAGCUCCUCGACCGUGGCUACAAAAGCAUUGGUGACUGGCACUCCACCCAGCCCGUUGCUGACAACGAGGACGAGCGCUCCGGUCGCUGGAAGGGUCAGCAGAAGACCGAGUGUGGUAUCCACAACCCUCGCUCCAAGUAUGCCCAGUACCUGAUGGAGAUGGAACGCAAGCGCCAGGAGGAGGCCCUCUCUCAGGCACUGCAGACCCAAUUGGCUCCUCCUGUCUAAUAUCUCAUUGCGUUGCAUCUUUUCUCCAUUGCAUACCCUCGGCGUUCUUGUGAUACCUCAGCUGUCAUGACCCAGCGAUUUGUUUUCCAUUUUCUGUUUGCUUUAUGGGUGAUUCAAUCCCCUUAGAAAGUACAAAAUUACUUGCAUUCCCCAACUCCACCUUGUUUUGAGGUUCCUGUACAUACACGGAGUUGGUAUUUAGAUCUCUGGCCCACAUUGGGUAUUUUUUGAAACAUGAUAAUGAAACCUGAUGAACAAAUAACUUAU